UGUCCAAGGAGUUCUGCCCACAGCCCUGCCGCUGCGCAGGGCGUGGGCUGCUGGACUGCCGCCACGCCGGCCUGGCCACCGUGCCCCCGGCCAGCCGCCGCCGGGCCCUCGCCGUGCUGUGAGUAGGGGCCGCCCCACAGACCCCUGCAGCUCCCCCUCCUCAGCUCCCUAUUGCUGCAAAGCCCACGGGGGACACCCGGGGGACUCCCUGGCAGGAGACAGGGUGGGCUGGGGGCCCGCGCUCAGCACGAGGGGGACGCCAGGCUGGGUACCCUGGGCCUUCUCCAGGCAAAGCCCGCUUCCAGCUCAGCAGCCGAAUGGGCAGGGAAAUGGGUUUUCCCGAGGGGGAGCGGUGUCUUUCCUUUCUUUGCAGAGAUUUCACUGGCAACUCCAUUGCUGAGAUUGGAAAACGAGCCUGGAAGAACUACCCGUGGGCUGAGACCUUAGUGCUCAGGGACAAUGAGCUGCGGGCAGUGAAGAGCCAUUCCCUGCAGGGGCUGUUCCUGCUGAAGCACCUGGAUUUGUCUGGCAAUGAGAUCGUGUCCAUUGAGGAACGUGCUUUCGAGCCACUGCCUUUCCUGAAGCUUCUAAACCUCUCCGGGAAUGGCCUCACGCAGAUCCGCAGCGGCACUUUCCAGGCCUGGCACGGGAUGCAGUUUCUCCAGGAGCUCAUCCUCAGCCAUAACCCGCUGGCUGUCAUUGCUGACGCUGCGUUCUUCAAGCUGCCUGCAGUGAGCUCUCUAGACCUGAGUGCCACCCAAGUGACUCCGCAGACGCUGCUGCUGUUCCUGCAGAGCACAGUGAGCUUGGAAAGCCUGUGAGUGUGUGGGACUGAGCCCCAGCCGCCAGCACGCCCUGAGUGCUGGGACAAGGGCUCUGCUUGCAAAACAAAUCCGUGGGACACAAAACCAGAACAAGCCCAGUAAGCUCAAGGGUUGCUGUUUCCUUCUGGGAACCUGCCAAACUCACCAGCUCAGAGGCACAAUUUCACCUUCUGGGUGACUUGCUGCAGGUUUUUCAAAGGGGACUUUCAACUCCAGGCGGGUGCACUUGUGUGUCAAGUGGUAUUUAGGGAGCAGCUGCAUUUUCCAGGGUGAAACCCCCUUUUGAUGUUUAGGACUGGGAGUGAGGGGACUUUGCCAGAGCUGUGGCACACCGUGAAGCACAGCCCCCACGCGUGGUAUCCGUCUGUUCCCUGAGCUGGGCUCGCAGACAUGGAUUGGGUGGCCGGCUGUUCCUCCAAUAAUCCCCUCUUGUCUUUAGCCAAGUGCCCAAGGAUGUGGCCUGCUGCCUGUGCCAGGAGCGUCCCCUCGCCGAGAGCCCGUGCAGGACCAUCCAGUUCCUCUGCGAGAAG